AUAAAUUACACUAAUGUGAAAACUUUUUUGGGUUUUCAAACCCAUAACGUGCCGGCCGUUUGUUCUUAUCCAAAGAAAAGCAUAACAAUAAAGGGAUUCAACGUGAUAACGAUGACGGACCAUCAAGAAGCAGAUGAAAGCUGGCCGGUAACCGAAAACGUGCUUCGCGCUCUGGAAGAGGAGAUAAGGCCACUGGCCGAUCCUAAGUUGGCCGACCAAGAACGACGGGAAGACCGCGUCAAGACGGCUUCCGUUCAGCUCAACGUCCGGGCGUGCCUGGAAGAACGCGUCGAACCCACCGAUGAUACUGUUGACACGAAACCGGAAGGACUAGUGGCAGCACCGAGCAGACGAGACCCGGUGGAUAUGUCCAGACAAAUUCAAGUCGGCCUCAUGUCCGUCAAGUCAGCAUAUGUCGACGGGAAGUACUAUGGGUCGGCGGAACAGUACGUGUCCCGGACUGUGGAAGAGCUGUUGUCACGGGAAUUUGCGUCAUCGCCUCCAGUCAACGCCAGCACUUAUACGGUGGGCACUGUCGAGUACGAUUCGGACAGACGGUGCUUUCUACGCGGUUUCGCCCAACCCAGUCUCGGCAGUGUGCUAGUGGACUGCACUCGGCUUUCGGUGCUUCCCAAAGACCGAAGUACAGUGAAGUUUUACUCCACCCUGACCGCUAGCCCUGACGGACUACCCCUGUUGACGCCCCAUCACUUUCACGUGUUCUCCAAACUUAUCUGAUACGUGGGAUGUCUUCGUGUCCUGCUUCAGCAGAGAGUCAAAAUAUGCCAAUCCCAACUUUACAGCCAUUCAUUGCGAUUUUCCACUGUUCUGUUUGGGGUUUUCACGUAGGAACUCAUGAAUUGUUCAUAGAUAGACUCUAGAUUUCAGGCUAUCAGAUAGUUUACAGAUUUCUAGCUUGUCAAAAUGCCGAAACCAACUCGCAAUGACCUUCUUCAAACAAUUUGGAUCCUUGCGAUGAUUCAUCUACCUGUUCUAUCCUUUGGCACGUCAGCUCUGCUGGGAUUCAACUAAUGAAUCAUCGCGUGGAGAUCAGCAACAAAUAGUUGGAAACAAUGAAUGACGAUCCAGAGUUUUCGAAGAAGGUCACCCAAACGAGAGUUUGGUUUAGCACAUGGGAAAUUGUAAGCUCAUUGAAAUCCUGAAAUCUGAAGAAACUUCUAGUACACAAAAAUAAUUACUCUGCAAAUUCCAUACCAAUUAAGCCCUAUCGUAGGCUAAUCAAUUAAACUACAUCCUUACUUAUUUGCCAUGUGAUAGAUUGUGGUGCAGUUUGGAAAUACCAAGCAACGCUAAGCACUACUCGCAGUUCUUUUGUAACAUCCUCUGUAUAUAUUGUACAUAUUGUA